AUGUACCCCGCGGAUUGCGUGGUUGGGAACCUUCCGGGAAGCAGCGUGGGCGCGUAUUACAUCAGCGGAUACAGCCGGUCUGACGUGGCGCCUUCUGACGGGGUCUCGAUUGGGACGCCUGAGUUGACAGCUGAGAGUAACGGUGGCACGAUAAUGAAGUUCUCCCGAUCAGAAGGGGACGGAGGGGCAGUACCAGUCAGCUUCAGCGGCAGCAACAGCCUCAUCUGGGCUUUCUCCGAGUCUGGAUCCACUGAGCUGGCCUUCCACGGCAACAACGCGUGA